UCUUGUUUUGUUUUCAUGUGUGUUUUGGGAAUAUUUUUCACGGGAAAUUCGAAUACGUAUACGAACGCAGACAAGCUCCUGGCCGCAGCCGAAGAACUCGCGCAGACGGGUGAGUGCGACGCUGACGAGAUUUACUCUGUGGCGCACGAGCUCGAGGCGCACGUGAGUGCGUUCGCGGCGCGCGUCGAGCAACGUCGGCGCCGUCUCGAUCUGGCAGUGCUCUUCUACACCCACGAAAAGGAAUUGGGCACCUGGGUCGAUGAAUUGCGCCAGGAACUACAGGGUGACGAGAGUGUCGCCGACGGUUUAGAAAAUAUCGAGAGGCUCCUUGAGCAGACUGCGCAACAUCGCGACCAAAGCCUGGACGCUUGCGCAUCGACCAUCGCGCAAGGCGAUACUUUACUGCAAGAAUUAAGGUCUGUUGGUGAAAUGGACACAACAGGCUCAGUAUCAGCAGUCGAAGCAGCUUUAGAUCGAUUAUCAAAACAAAGAAGUGAUUUGGAAGAACUUUGGGCAGCUAGGAAAUUAAGACUCGACCUAUGCUUAAGGCUACGUCUCUUUGAAAGAGAUGCGUUAGAAGUUUCCUCGCAGUUGGAAAUGUGGGCCGAAGAAUUGCAACACAGCGAGCUAACAAGGGACAUAGCAAAAGCGGAACAAUAUCUUCGUUUACACAACGAGAGCGUCAGUCAGAUGCAAAACACUACGUUCCAAAUCCUACAACAAGGCCAAGAACUGGUGCAAGUUUUUGAAAAUUCUGGCAUUUGUAUAAUGGCAGACACCCAGUACAACGCUCAAACCAGAGUGCAGGUUCUCUUGGAGUUCUUGCACGAUCGCGAGGCAGACCUCGAGGACCUUGCCGAAAUGAAAAGAGUCAAAUUGGAACAAUGCAUUCAGCUAAGUCAGUUCCAAAACGACGCCAACCAAGUCAUAAGUUGGAUAAGAAACGGGGAAAGUAUGUUAAUGGCCAGCUUCGCGAUACCAAACAGUCUAGCAGACGCAGAGCUUUUGAAGAAGGAACAUGAACAGUUUCAAGUGGCCAUCGAAAAGACUCACACAUCAGCAGUGCAAGUCAAGUACCGUGCUGAUGCUUUAAUUAAUGCCAAUCACUAUGAUCCUCAAAGCAUAAAGGACAUAUCUGAAGAGGUUACCAAGAGGUGGCAGCAGCUCGUCACAUGUGCCGAAGAAAGGCACAAACUUGUUACUGCAAGCUUGAAUUUUUACAAAACUGCAGAGCAAGUAAGUUNUAGGAUAUGCAGGGCCGCAACAAGGGGGGGGGGGCCAUAG